GGCACCCAGCGGCGGGGCUCUGCAGCGGCACAUGCGGGGCUCCCCGCGGCUCCGCCUGAGCCCGAGGCGGGGCACCGCGCCCCCAGGCAGGCAGCAGUGACCCGCCCCUGCCCUUCCCCGAACAAUGAGCCGGGCAGCGCCGAGCCGGCUGCUGCCCGCCCCUCCCGCGCUCCCUCCCUCCCUCAGUCCGGGACGCGGAGCCGGCAGCGGCGGCAGCUCCCAACCCGGCGGCGGCACAGGAGCAGCAGCCUCAGCAUGUCCGCCCCGCAGCAGCGAGCUGCGCUUCCAGCCAGCCGGGCAGCCGCCCUGCAGCCCCCGCCGCGCCCCAGCUCCCCGCGGCUCUCGCAGCCCUGCUCCUGCUAGGUUUCAUUCCCCUUCACCAAUACUUCAAGGCACAGAAGAGUUGGUACAGGCAUUGCCAUGAAACCUAACUUGAAGCAAUGGAAACAACUAAUGCUGUUUGGGCUAUUUGCAUGGGGUCUCCUUUUCUUGGUGAUCUUCAUCUAUUUUACAGAUAGCAACACUGCUGAACCAGUUCCAAGUUCCUUCUCUUACAUUGAGACGAAGAGGCUCCUGCCCAUUCAGGGCAAGCAGAGAGUUAUUAUGGGAGCAAUACAUGAUCCAUCAUCCUCUGAAACCAUAGAUAGGAACGAGGUGCUUCUUAACGAAGAUCUCUUAGAUUCAUUUAAAUCGGGGACCGGAAGCAUUAAAAAGUGGAUUGAUCUAGAGGAUGGCUUUGAAAAUGAAGAAGAGUUUUUUCCUUCCCAGGUAGGGAGAAAAUCAAAAUAUGCUUUCUAUCAAGGGGAUGACAACUAUUUAUUUGCUGCUGGCCAGCCUCAGCAACACAGCAACAUUCAAGAGCUAGUGAAAUUCAUCUCUCCCAAUGAUCAGAAGGAAAAUGUUUUACAGGAAAAAUGGACCCAUGAGAAAAGAACAAAGAAAAGAAACCCAACACGCAGGAGAAGCCAGCUGUUUGAUGAGUCUGAUGAUUGGGAUGGGUUAUAUUCCACAAUGUCAAAAUCCUUCCUUUAUAGGCUUUGGAAAGGGGAUAUCUCCUCCAAGAUGCUGACCCCUCGCCUGCAGAAAGCUAUGAAAGACUAUCUGAACACCAACAAGCAUGGGGUGCGGUUCAAAGGGAAACGACGAAACUCCAGACUGACAGGAGACCAGCUCAUCUGUGAGCUCAAGGACAGGGUGCAUGUGAAAACAAUAGAUGGCAAGGAGGACCCCUUUUCAGCUCUUGGAUGGGAAAAGCACGUUCCUCAAAUUCCACUGGGCAAACUAUAUCCACAUGGCUUCGGAAGCUGUGCCGUAGUUAUGUCUGCUGGUGCAAUACUGAACUCUUCUCUAGGGGAUGAAAUAGAUUCUCAUGAUGCAGUUCUGAGAUUUAAUUCUGCUCCUACACGUGGCUAUGAAAAAGAUGUUGGAAAUAAAACGACCAUGCGCAUCAUUAACUCCCAGAUUCUCACCAAUCCAAACCAUCACUUCAUUGACAGCUCAUUAUAUAAAGAUGUUAUUUUAGUGGCCUGGGAUCCUGCUCCUUACUCUGCAAAUCUGAAUGUGUGGUAUAAGAAGCCAGACUAUAACCUGUUCACACCUUACGUGCAGCAUCGCAGGAGGAAUCCAAACCAGCCAUUUUACAUUCUCCAUCCCAAGUUUAUAUGGCAGCUCUGGGACAUCAUUCAGGAGAACACUAAAGAGAAGAUACAGCCCAACCCACCUUCAUCAGGUUUCAUUGGGAUCCUCAUCAUGAUGUCCAUGUGUAAUGAAGUGCACGUGUAUGAAUACAUCCCUUCAGUCCGACAAACCGACCUUUGUCACUACCAUGAACUAUACUAUGAUGCAGCUUGUACCUUAGGGGCUUACCAUCCACUACUGUAUGAGAAACUGCUGGUGCAGAGGAUGAACAAAGGUUUGCAGGAUGAUCUGUAUCGGAAGGGGAAAGUAAUCUUGCCAGGGUUCAGGUCUGUAAAGUGCCCGGGACAGAAUCACUUCCCACACUUAUAAAAGUGAAUCGUUCAGAAACAAUGUGCAAUAAGGUACUACUGUCGUACUAUAAACAACAAAGGAAUACUUGAAAAUGUAUCUUAGACCAACCUAGUCUUGAGUCUAUAAACUGUAAUUAAGUAGCAGGCAUGAGAGUUCCUUCCUUCCUAAGCCUGAGUAUGUAUAACUGCUUUGCAAAUAGUUAAAGAAAAAAAGCUUCGCUCACGAAAGGUGCAAAGGCACUGUUAGGUAGAAAUACAAUGUAUUGUUGUGGGCAUGACCUGUCAGAAAACAUCAGAGGUUUCUUAUGCCACAUGUACUAGAUGCCAAACUUAACAGUUAAAUCUGACACUAUGAAGCAGCCUGUAUCAUUCAUACACAGAGCUGUCUGCUGAGAGAUGAUUUUUCAUCAUACCACAGGAUUUUCACAUUCCCCCACCCCCAAAAUAAAAUAAUCAUGGUUUUGAACUGGACAUGCUAUGAGUAUAAUGGGCCUGAUUCUCAUUUAUACAAAGGUCCCUUUACUCCAUUCUGGCAAGGUAAACGGGCUUUAAAGUGAAUGUAAAUUACCAAAGUAAAGGAACCUUCACAAAUGAGAAUCAGGUCCAAUAGCUAGUCAUUGUAUUCAGGUAGUUUCUGCAGCCAGAAAUUAACAAGUGAUAUUUACUCACUUUUAAAUGGAUAUUACUGUACACGCAGCCAGGUUAUUUAAAUAAAGAUAUUACGACUGCACAUAUCUGUCAUGGUGCAUGCAAAUGCUGCAUUCAGGCAAAGGGUGAAGAGAAGAGAAUCUUCUCCUUUCUUCAGAAAGCACUCAUUCUGCCCUCAUUCAGCUUGAGCAGAAGACCAGCAAGAGGGCAUAAAUGAGACUGAAAUGGUGCAUGGGCUUUCUGCCUGGGGGCAGUUUCCCCCUCUGUGCACAUAUGUAGGUACACUCCAGGGGAAUGGAAACAAUGUGCUCUGCUUGCACUCAUUCAUUUGAAAGCAAGUUGUAAAAAACAGAUUUCUUACAAGGACAUUAUUCAAAAAUAUAGGCCUGCCUUUGCCAAGGAAAUAAGCAUUUUGGAUGGGGAGAUUUCAAAAAUUAGUUGUUUGCCUAUUUUGUUGUAAGCCAAGUUAAAUUCAUUUAUUAUUUCUUUAAAAAAAAGCAAGGCAUUUUGUUUUUUGUUUUUGUGAGGAAAAACAAGAUGUGAGUAUUUUUUAAUUCAAAAUUAUGAAGUCUAUAUCCUGGAGACAUUGUAAAGCCUUCAACAAUCUUACUAUGGCUUAUACACUGAGACAAUCUCAUAAUUUCAUUGUAAAAACACAGCAUGGAUAGUCUCUAAACCACUUCUAAAAUCCACUUGGAUGUUAAUGCAUUUAAAAAAUGUUUUCUCUGACAAGAGUUCAGUUUCAGGCUGGAGGUAGGUUAAUGUUCUUGUUUGCUUUUUAAAAUUUGUUUUUUCAGUGAGCAAAAUUCAGCAGGAGUGAUUACGUACAAGAAAUCAUACAUGUCCUAUCCAUAUCCAUUCAGCAAAAAGGUGAUUGGCUGGUAGAAACACUGUUAUUAAAAACAGUGGAGGAGAAAAGCAUAUGUCACAUAUUUAGCAAUUGGCUACUUCGAGAUAGCUGGCGAUGGAGAAAACCAGGUUCAUGUAUUUUCUGUCAUCUUUGUUUAUAAAAAUCAGUGAUUUUCAAUCUUUCUUUCUUUUUUGGAUCCCCUAAAAAUUUCACCUUGAGGUGUGACCCCUUUGGAAAUCUUAGACAUAGUCUGUGGACCCUCAGGGCUCCAUCCACCACGGAUUGAAAAACACGGAUAUAAAUAUAAAUCAAUAAUUUUGUAAUUCUCCCAUCCAACCUUUCCUGCUGUUUUCCCCCCAUAAGAGCAGAAUUAGUUUACUGCACACAUUUAGCCUUCUUUUUUCAAGUUGUCAUUUUCUUGGGCUUUGCAGUCCUUCUAAAAUUCUUCCUACCUGACAGAAAGUAUGUUCAUGUGAUCCAGAUAUGCCUUGUGUUGAUUGGAUAGGUAUGUUCAUAAAGCAUUUUUUCAUAAUGCCAAAUGUACAGCUUUCAUUAAUUUCAGCCUUAGUAUCUGGAUGCAUUACAUACUGAUUUUGGAAAACACAUUAUAAUAAUAUUUUAUGUUCAUUUUUGUUCUUAACAGUAUCCAGUCUUAGUAGUGCUAUAUAACCUACAAAGGAAAAAAAUACUUUUCCCAUAUACACCUCUACCUCGAUAUAAUGCUGUCCUUGGGAGCCAAAAAAUCUUACUGUGUUAUAGGUGAAACCGCGUUAUAUCAAACUUGGUUUGAUCUGCUGGAGUGCGCACCUCCUCCCCCCGAGCGCUGCUUUACCACGUUAUAUCUGAAUUCAUGUUAUAUGGGUUGCGUUAUAUCAGGGUAGAGGGUAUAAUAAGAUAAUACCCUUCAUUCUUUUUUAAUUCAACUGUUCACCAGUUCGUAGUGAAACACAUUAAAUAGAAUUUUUUUCUGCAUACGCAGAGUGGCACUUUGUCAUACAGUGAUCUUAGUAUCAGAUCAGGGUUUCCCAUGUGCCAAGUUCAAAUUGGAUUAGCUCCCACACCUUUCAAUAAAUGGAGUUGAUCAUAUUUCCAGUACAAUUGAGUAAGUCACUGUGCCAUAUGCAGAAGUCUCUCAGACUCCACAAAAUAGCAUGUCAGUUUCCCACUCGUUUGCCCAUGCUAAACUUAAACUCUUGUUUCCAUCAGGAAUAAAAAAAAGUUAACCAGCAACACUCACAAUUGUCCACAACAAUAGGAUUGCGUUAUAUUACACUCUAGAUAGUCUGUCUCAUGGUGCCGCUUGUACGCAGCCCUAUGGACUCUAAAGAUUCUCAUAAAGAAAAAUGUGAGGCAGCAUCCGUAGCAUUCCUGUUUCAAUGAAGUGCUGCCUUUUAACAUUCUCACACAAAACUGGGUACACAUUCAUAGAAUGUAUUUUAUACUUUUAUCUUACAUGCAUAUCCUUUUUUGUGUAGUGAUAGUGUGCACUCGAGGCACCUGAGCAGAAAAUCUUUCUUGGCCAAGUGCAAAUGCCAAGAAACAUUCACCUUUUCCUAGCUUAUAUAAUUAUUUAAAAUUGGUAUGGAUCUUUCAUACACCAUGUCAUCUGUCCUAAUUCUAACCCUGUGUAUAUUAUGAUUCACCAACCACCUGGGUGUUAUAUCUUCACCCCCUAGCUUAGCUUUGCUUUAGAACUAUGCUAAGUGCACCAGCCUCUUCCUGAAAAGGAGGCUAGCGUCAACUCUUUGAAGCACAGGGUCUCAAUCAUCCCAAGGAGGAAGGGCCUUAACAUGGCUUCCAAAUCCUCGUUUCCCCUGUGAUAUUUCAUUGUUCUACAAACACAGGCAUCUUGACAAUUUAAGAUUUUCUCCUCCCACUCCUUCUGUCUAUCUUAUUUU